CUCCGCCCUAAUGCUAGUCUGAGGCCGUCGGCUUCCUCCAAAGCGCUUGGCACUCCAAAGCUGCUAAAUGUUUCUUCUAUUCUGUUGUAUUUCCUACAGAAAAUAGGAAAAUAUAUAUUAUUCGAGGAAGUAAAUAUCAUUGUGGAGUGGAAAAGCCGAGGGAUACCCUUCUGUCGGAUUUGCAUCGGCGUUGUGGCACAUUUGUUCAGUACUUUAGCUCGAGAAGCUAACGCUAGCGGUUGACGAGAGUGGAAGCAUCGGCAGGAGUAAGACGAGCCCUCCCUCCCCCCAACACUUCCCGUGACCUAGUUAUGCGCUGAUUUGACUUUGCUCCCAUGAAUGGCAAGAGUAUGAGCCUCUAAUCAACACCUGGUAUCAUGGCUUCACUCUCGCCCUGACCUCUUGGUUCACCCAGGAUCCAAAAUGAGCAUAAGCAGUGAUGAGGUCAAUUUCCUUGUGUACAGAUACUUGCAGGAGUCAGGCUUCUCCCACUCAGCGUUCACCUUUGGCAUAGAGAGCCACAUCAGCCAGUCCAACAUCAACGGCGCUCUGGUGCCCCCUGCUGCCCUCAUCUCCAUCAUCCAGAAAGGCCUGCAGUAUGUGGAGGCUGAAGUCAGCAUCAAUGAGGACGGUACCCUGUUUGAUGGACGACCGAUCGAGUCGCUGUCUUUGAUUGAUGCAGUGAUGCCAGAUGUGGUGCAAACGAGGCAGCAGGUGUAUAAGGAUAAGCUGGCUCAGCAGCAAGCUGCCGCUGCCAAGAACGGAGAGAGCACAGCUAAUGGAGAAGAGAACGGAUCUCACACGCUGUCUAACCACCACUCAGACAUGAUGGAGGUGGACAGGGCGGUGGAGAUCCCAGCCAGUAAAGCUAUGGUGCUGCGGGGCCAUGAGUCUGAGGUCUUCAUCUGUGCAUGGAACCCUGUCAGUGAUCUGCUGGCCUCUGGCUCUGGAGACUCAACCGCACGGAUCUGGAACCUGAGUGAGAGCAGCACAGGAGGAUCCACUCAGCUGGUGCUGCGGCACUGCAUUCGGGAGGGGGGGCAGGAUGUACCCAGUAACAAAGACGUCACCUCACUGGACUGGAAUAGUGAAGGUACACUUCUUGCCACAGGAUCCUAUGAUGGCUUUGCCAGGAUAUGGACUAAAGAUGGUAAUCUUGCCAGUACACUGGGGCAGCACAAAGGUCCAAUAUUUGCUUUAAAGUGGAAUAAGAAAGGAAAUUUUAUCCUCAGCGCUGGUGUUGAUAAGACCACCAUUAUUUGGGACGCCCACACAGGAGAGGCCAAGCAGCAAUUUCCAUUCCAUUCAGCUCCAGCUCUGGACGUGGACUGGCAGAGCAACAACACGUUUGCCUCCUGCAGCACAGACAUGUGCAUUCACGUGUGUAAACUGGGCCAGGACAGACCAGUCAAAACAUUCCAGGGCCACACAAAUGAAGUCAAUGCAAUCAAAUGGGAUCCGACUGGGAAUCUCUUGGCCUCCUGCUCUGAUGACAUGACGCUAAAGCUUUGGAGCAUGAAACAGGACACUUGUGUUCAUGACCUUCAAGCCCACAGUAAGGAGAUCUACACCAUCAAAUGGAGCCCAACUGGCCCUGGAUCCAACAACCCCAAUGCCAACCUCAUGCUGGCCAGUGCAUCAUUUGAUUCAACGGUGCGUCUGUGGGAUGCAGAGUGUGGUUCCUGCAUCCACACACUGACCAAACACCAGGAGCCUGUCUACAGCGUGGCAUUCAGUCCAGAUGGACGGCACCUGGCCAGCGGUUCCUUCGACAAGUGUGUCCAUAUCUGGAACACGCAGAGUGGUGCUUUAGUCAACAGCUACAGAGGGACGGGAGGGAUUUUUGAAGUAUGCUGGAACUCCACUGGAGACAAAGUGGGCGCAAGUGCAUCAGAUGGAUCGGUUUGUGUAUUAGAUCUAAGGAAAUGAUGCUGUUGCUGGGAAGCCAUGGACCGACUAUGAAUGUGUGCACAGCCAAAUUUACUGACUGUCCCUGGCCCAUCAUCAUCAUCCACUGCUGUAGUCCACGUGUGAGGCUCCAGACCAACGGUCCCUCAGCUCCAUCAUAACACAGACCCGUGAUGCUUACCACACACACAAAAUCAGCGUGCCUGAGAACUGUUAUAAACAGACACGCUGGACACAUGAGAAAUACACCACAAAUGCACACACACACCUCAUUAGUUCCUGUGUGCGUCAUUCCAAACCCAGAGGGCCGAGGUCCACGCCGCUGUCGUGAGCAUAUUGUACACGUCAGUGCUUCAGAGACGGUUUAUGUGUAACUGCAUGAGCUAAAGAGUAGAGCUGUUGAAUAUGGCCAACUCGUGGCCGUAAGAUAUCGACAAUUCGGAGUAUUGGCACUGUAUGUUGAGUAGCUCUCCGACUUUGGAACUGUUCUCCAAAAAUGCUCAAGGAUUUUUUUUUUUUUUAAAUACAGAGUUAUAAGAGUACAGAAAGCCUGUUAAAUUACUCUGCUAUAUUUUCUAAAACGAAUGACCUGUGUUAUUUUAUACAACCUAUGCAGCUUUGUGGUAAGACAAAACUGAACUUGCAGUGCAUGAAUGGGUGAAACUCAUAGGUGAAGCCUGAACGUUUUAAAAUAUCUGAUAGGCCCACCCUAAAAACACGACAGCACAUUCACUGUCACUGUUACAGAAGACAUAGCUGACAGGUUUUUCAUUCCUUUUCCCUUUUUUUUGGGAGUUGGUGAUUGUCCUCCUACAAUGGUAUUUGACAUGACACCUCACUUAAAAAUGUUUAUUACAAAGAUUUCUCCCUCAGAUUAGAUGACCUUUCUUUAGUGUUGCGUAGUGCUGUCAUUUCUUGCUUUCCUACAGAGGUUGAGCUCUGACUCUCAUUACACUUUCAGUGCUGCAGUGAACUGGUAUGUGUGUGACUCUAACCGCUGCAGUCUGUGGCUUCAUGUGAGUGACAGAAUUAUGGGUCGGUGGGAUUUUUUUAUUUAUUUUUUUUUUUCGUUUCGUUCAGGCAGUGGGAGGUGGAUGUGCUUUUCGACUCCUCUAGCUCCAUAGUUCAGAGUCAGGAUAAGGUGGUGCCCGUUUUGCUCCCUAUUUUUGUUUGUAAAAUGACGUCAUUGCGCAGUGAUGCAGAAACUGACGUGGAAAAACGUAACUGUGACCACAGGGAUUUUUCCUUUUAGAUGCUACUGUUAUAAAUGAUGUAAACUCCAUUGAUGUUUGUCAUUUUUCUCACAGUCUGGUUUCUUUAGGGUGACAGCACAUUGAUUUAAAGUUCGCUAGAUGCUGUCAAGUGUCUUUAUAAAAUACCAUUAGACAGUCAUAGUCCAGAGAUGCAGCUUUUCUCCAGCACACUCUUAAUCUCGCCCCUCAGCACUUUAUACAUACUCCCAUGAAACCCAAUGAGCACUUAAAUCGUUUUUUUAUCUUUUGGACUGAAAUUACUGACAUUAGACAUUUACUGGAAUGAA